AUGAGGCCCAUCAAGGGCAUCCCGGUCUACCCAAACCGGCCCUUCCCUUUUCUGGCCCACACGGGGCGACCCGAUAAGGAUCCCAAGAUUCGCGGGCCGCUUUACCACCACCAGCUACCCGGCUUUCCCUCCUCGUCUUCCUCCUCUUCUACGGGCCCGGGCUACUUUGCGAGCGGGCUGGAUAAUCAAAUGCCGCUCCUGAAUCUGGACCCGGGCACGCCGGGUUACCGGGGCGCCGGUGGGAGGUUGGGCUUUCAGAGCGGGUACCAAUAUGGUGUGGGGAUUGGGGCUCACGAGGGUAUUUACGGAAUAAAUUAUAAUCAUCAGACUCAUUAUCAUCAUAACCAUCAUAAUCACAAUCAUCAUCAUCAUGGGAUUAUGAGAUCGAGAUUCUUGCCUAAGAUUCCGGCAAAGAGGAGCAUGAGAGCUCCGAGGAUGAGGUGGACAAGCACUCUGCAUAGCCGGUUUGUACACGCCGUCGAGCUUCUCGGCGGCCAUGAAAGGGCGACGCCGAAAUCGGUGCUGGAGCUAAUGGACGUGAAAGAUCUGACGCUGGCUCAUGUGAAAAGCCAUUUACAGAUGUAUCGAACUAUUAAAACAACUGAUAAGGCUGCAGCUUCCUCUGGGCAUUCAGAUGGGUCCGGUGAGGAUGACCUAUCGACUAUCGGCAGCGGGAGCGAACGGGCCGGGCUCCGGCAAUUCUUGGACGAAAGAGGCCCAAAUUCAUCUGGGCCUCUACCGCUACCACAUGAACCUCAUGAUGAGAACUAUGCAUCGACCAACAAUUCUACAUUGUGGAGCAAUUCUUCCAGUAGCAGAGAGGGUUGGCUACAAAGCAAUGGUGGUGAAUCACAUAAUAGCCUCAUUGGCUCAUUGUCCUUUCCCUAG